CAAAAAUUGGCCUUUUUUUCUUCUAGUCCCAACCGACCAACCGCUAGCUCUAAUAGUGUGUUGAGAAGUCCAUGUCCUCAAGUUACUUUAGUUUGGUUUGAUGAGUCUGACUCAAGCCUUCUUUCAAUAAUCACAGACAGGCUUCUCUUACCUCUCACAAACUCCAAAUUACCUUUCCUUGUGUUUGCAUCAUUCUAUUUUUCAUGAUAUUUUCUGAGGUUACUUGGUCUAGAAUGAAAAGAUCCAUUUCCAAAAAUACCAAUGUGACAAAUGGUUUUAAUAAGGUCAUAGAUUGGGAGCUUAGACCAGGUGGUAUGCUUGUUCAGAAGAGAGACAUUGGGGAUGCCUCUUCUGGGCCUAUGAUCAAGAUCAAGGUUUCCCAUGGUUCUUAUCACCAUGAUAUUACUGUCCCUGCUCAAUAUACUUUUGGUGAUCUAAAAAGGGUUCUUGCCCCUGAAACUGGGCUGCAGCCCAAGGAGCAGAGAUUGUUGUUUAGAGGGAAAGAAAAAGAGGACAGUGAGUGUUUGGACAUGGUUGGAGUAAAAGACAUGUCCAAGAUUAUAUUACUGGAAGACCCAGCUAGCAAAGAGAAGAAGCUUGAAGAGUUAAAGAAAAAUGAAGGCCUUUUGAAAGCGUACGAAGCUGUUGCCCAAGUUAGAGCAGAGGUUGACAAGCUCUCUCAGAAGGUUGUCACUCUGGAGACAAUGAUGCGCAGUGGUACCAAACUUGCAGAUAAGGAGUUUGUUGUUUUGACAGAGUUGCUGAUGAUGCAGCUCCUUAAAUUGGAUACAAUACAGGCUGAUGGAGAAGCCAAAGCCCAGAGGCGAAUUGAGGUUCGACGUGUCCAGAGCUUUGUGGAUACACUUGACAACCUUAAGGCAAGAAACUCAAAUUUCUUAGGCAACAACACUAAGAAUGCAGUUUCAGUGAGUACAAAAUGGGAGACUUUUGAGUCAGGGCUUGGAAGCCUAAGUGCUCCAUCAUCAAUGCAAUCUUCUACCAAAAUAACUCAGCAGUGGGAACUAUUUGACUAAGUAAGAAAAUAAAAUAAAAAAGUUUGUAUAAAGUUGGUAAAUGUUGUAUCUCUUAAAUAUAAUUUUGUAAAACUCGAUGAGAAGCUGGUUUUUUUUGUAGAGGCAGGCAUAGAGAAAUAUGAAUCAACAGCUUUGAAGUAUACUGUAUAUAUGAUUUAUUUGAUGUAUGUGUUGUGUUUAUAUAUUUCAUGGUUGAAAAUAAAAUAAAAUUGAUUAAACUUACAAA